ACUGCCCCGAGAUUCAAAAAACAAGUUUUAAACAAAAAAUUCUUUAAGCUAAACGGACGUCGACCGCGGAAUGGAAACAACGACUAGGUCGAAUUUUGAUCGAAACUGAUCUUAAUCGUAGAACAGCCGCACAUAGAUACGCCAACGGACUAAUACAUUAACAUUAACAUAUACUGCCACAACCCUCGUUUUCGUUGUCGUUGUUUUUGCUGCUGCCUUCGUCGCUGCAGCAGAGCAGAGCCAAGUGAGAAGUGAGAGAACAAGUGCGCCGUCAUCCCCCCGCGCGUUAUUUUGUAUUGCUUAAACAUGACGUCGUCUGGUUGCCGUGGACUAACAGCGGCUCUGCUGCUGCUCUGCGCCACGUCUGCAGCUAUCGCCGACCUGUCGGACAAAUUGCGCGAUGAUUCGGAGCUUUCUCAGAGCACUGCCAAAUCCUUCAGGCGUCUUAUGCCAGUUAGGUUCUACAGCCAAGUGGAGCAGAAUCCCAUUGCCAAUGCAACGCUAACGCUGCGCAGCUGCACCAUCUUUGUGCCCACCAAUGAAGCCUUCCAGCGCUACAAAGGGAACAUCCACGUGCUCUAUCAUAUCUCUACGUCGGCAUUCAGCAAAGAGCAACUGCCAAAAUCUGUGUCAUCCGACAUGGAUGGCAAUCCGCCGCUGUAUAUCACAAAGAAUCGCAAUGGUGACAUCUACGUGAACAAUGCACGGAUCAUUCCCUCGCUGAGCGUGGAGAUGACCAAUCGAGAGGGCAAGCGACAGGUCAUGCACAUCAUUGAUGAGGUGCUGCAGCCACUCUCCGUCCAGAAGAAUGCUCAGGACAACAUCAACAAUCCGGACGCGAUGCAAUUCCUGCAGAUGGCCGAACAGCUCGACCUGAACGACUUCCACUUGCGCACCUAUCGCUCCCAAGUGACGUUAGCGAAGAAGGAGUCCGUCUACCAGUCGCCUGGAGCUCACACCUUCCUCAUUCCAAUCGACGAGAGCUUCAAGCUCUCGGCACGGAGUGGCCUAGUGGAUGCCAAGGUCAUUGAUGGCCAUGUGAUACCUAACACUGUCAUUUUCACUGCCGCCUCGCAGCACGAUGAUCCCAAGACAUCAGCUGCAUUCGAGGAUCUGCUCAAGGUUACCGUCAGCUUCUUCAAGCAAAAGGAUGGAAAGAUGUACGUAAAGUCCAACACCAUUGUUGGAGACGCCAAGCAUCAUGAGGGCGUGGUUUUGGCCGAAAUUGUCAAGGCCAACAUUCCAGUGCAAAACGGAGUCGUCCAUUUGAUCCACCGUCCGCUGAUGAUCAUCGACACGACCGUCACCGAUUUCCUAAAGAACAAUUUUGGGUGUAAUUCGUUCAAGUUCUUGAACGAGAAUGGCGAGAACGGAGCUCUGAGGAAAUUCUACGAGGUUAUUAUGGACAAUGGCGGCGAAGUUCUGGACGAUAUCACCAAUCUUUCUGAGGUCACAAUUUUGGCACCCAGCAACGAUGCGUGGAAUGCAUCCUUAAUUGAAAAUCUUCUAAGGAACCGCAAGAAGAUGAGGGAAAUCCUGAACAUGCACAUCAUUAGGGAUCGCCUAAAUGUGGAUAAGAUCAGGCAGAAGAAUGCCAACAUGAUUGCCCAAGUGCCCACCGUCAACAACAACACGUUCCUGUAUUUCAACGUAAAGGGCGAGGGUGCCGAUGCCGUGAUCACCGUCGAGGGCGGUGGUGUCAAUGCCACUAUUGUACAGGCUGACGUUGCUCAGACCAAUGGCUAUGUGCACAUUAUCGAUCGUGUUCUGGGUGUUCCACACACCACAGUUCUGGGCAAGCUGGAAACCGAUCCCAUGAUGAGUGACACCUACAAGAUGGGCCAGUUCUCGCACUUCAACGAUCAGCUAAACAACACUCAGCGCCGCUUCACCUACUUUGUGCCCAGGGACAAGGGCUGGCAGAAGACCGAGUUGGAUUACCCAUCGGCCCACAAGAAGCUCUUCAUGCCCGACUUUUCCUACCACUCAAAGUCUAUUUUGGAACGCCAUCUGGCCAUUGCGGAUCAUGUUUUCACCAUGAAGGAUCUCGUUCAGUACUCGCAGCAGGCCGGCAACGUUGUUCUGCCCACAUUCCGCGACUCGCUCCAAAUCAGAGUUGAGGAGGAAGCUGGACACCUACAUGAUGAGAAUGCUAGUCACGAAUGGACUGGCUAUGUGAUAAUCUGGAACUACAAGAAGAUCAAUGUCUAUCGGCCCGAUGUGGAGUGCACCAAUGGAAUCAUCCAUGUCAUUGACUAUCCGCUUCUGGAGGAGAAAGACGUGGUUGUGAGCGGAGGUAGCUAUCUGACAGAAUCAAGCAUUUGCAUCCUUUUGGCCAACCUCAUAAUGAUAACAGUAGCAAAGAUCUUGAACUAAACCCAUUCAAUGUGUAAAAAUCGAAUCAAAUCAAAAGCAAAAGCAAAUGCGAACUAAACAGCAACCGCAACACAUACCAACCACCACAGCCACCACAGUCGUCUACCAACAUCAACCGAUCAAACUCAAACCAACAUUUAAAAUCAGAUUAAUAUGAAAUAUACAUGGAUAUGUGUAUAACCAGGCACUGCAUACAUACAUGCCUACCCAUAAGUUACUCGAAUUGGAAACAAGCAAAUCAAAAUUGUAUCUGUAUUAUUUGCGUCACAAGGAACGUCGCAAACCUUCCAUCAUGCCUCAUUGCCCCCAUAUACAAAACUCAGACACACACGCAUGCAGAGUACUACCUGCUAGAUUUAAAUUUGACAGCUUUCCUCUGAAGAUGAUCAUGAUAUCAUGAGAAUGAAGCUGAAGAUCUCGAAUAGAGACGAUGAAACCUUUACUUUUAAGCAUUAAACUGGAUCCCCCUUCUAAGGCCUUAUGUAUUAUAUGAAAUAUAUAACCCAUUUAAUUUUAUGUUCGACAUAUACUGAUAGCUUACGUUCAUAUCGCUCUACAUUCAUCAGCUCACUAAGUUUUACAUUUAACCUACAUGCAUACAUAUGUCUGUGUAUGUAUGCAUAUCUCUACGUAUUGAUAUGAAUCAUUGAAUCUGAUUGUGUUUAUGAUUUUAAGUGUACAUUUUUUUGUGAAUUGCUUGUUUUAGUUAAUGGUCUAAUUUAUGAUUUAAAAAGUGAGUUAUCCUAAGUAGAAUGUGAGAAUCCCAUUUAUGUACAAGACAUAUGUAAAUAUGUUAACGCAGAAGCAAUAAGCACAUCACACACUCUCAUAUUCGUAAACAUACACACAAACAUCCAUACAAACAUACACAUACACAUACACUUAAUACAAAAACAUUGUAAAAUUCGAUCAAGUGUGAAAGAUGUUUUAUAAUAAACUGAAAGUUUCUUCAUUUGAACAUUCGAUGGUACUCGUACGAAAUGAAAUUUUAAGCUGUAAGCCCAGCAGCAUAUCCUUGUCUCUAAAUCGAAUUGAAAUGUGCGAGGCAUUCAAACAAACUAUAACCGAACGAACAACAAAUUCAAUUAAAUGAAAUGACAUCAUGCACUUAGUUGUUAGUCCUGCUAUGCAUGUAAACCCCACAACAGAACACACGCCACACCCCACAGACAGACACCGACAUCCGAAUGCAGACAUGGAGCAAAGAUAGCAACUGCAAUUUAGGGUAAUCGAAUGCGAACAUGCUUCUAAACUGCUGUCAACUACGAAAUACUACAAUACAUACUCCAACACACAGUAUCCUGUAUCCUCUGCGAUAAAAAUGCAACAGAACACGACAUCUACUCACUGAAUGGAUUUUUAUAUAAAUUUUAACCAAAAUACAUUUUGUAUGUACAAUAUAAAUACGAAUACAAAAAACACUAUGUAUUUGUGACAAACAUAUUUGACAAUGAUGUGAACAUAAAACAGAAACUAAAUUCUUCUCCUCCCUGCUGCAGCUGCAAUUGCAUUUUAACCUUUGUAUGUAGCUGUCAUGUAAAAUUUAAAAAAGAAAAACAAGAAACACAAGAACUUAGUUUAUAGUCUGAUUUAGAACAACCCGAUGCUAACUAUACAAACUCUCUUUCUAUUUCUCUCUGUCUCUCCCCGAUAAUACCAUGUAUUUAUAGGUUAGACAUUGUAACUAGCGUGUGUGUCCUAACCUACCAAACUACACAAAAUGAGCGCUAAAAAUUGAACUGUACUACUCCUCCUUCUAUGUAAACCCCCCAAGAGAAAAACGCAUUAACUAUCAGCCUACCUAGCAGUACACACACUCCACUCCUACUAUCAACAAGAAAAACCACACAAAACCACCCACAAACAUAUGUAUUAUCGAUACUGUAGCGAAACUCUCAACUUAAGUUGUCGCAGUUGCUUUGAGUAGUUGCUAAUUCCCGAUCUGAUCGGAUACCCCAGUUCCAGAAAUAUUUAUCUUUAGUAGGCGGCGGGGUCGUCGCUGCAUUGUAUUGUAUUGCAUAUUAGUUUGGUUUUGGCCAGUACUGCACUGACAGUAGCAGCUAACCGAAAAUGUAUGUAGUGAAAAUGAUGAAUACGCUAAAUGAAAAGCUUUAAAGAGUGGUGCAGAUGGGAGCAAAGGACGGAUUUGUGAAGGGAAACGCAUUGCAAUUGCAAUUAGUGUGUCGUAGUCAGUAGUUACACGUUGGCCAGCGCCCUAACGUGUGACUAGUGCCUUACUAAAGAUAAACGCAUUACCUUAACCUUUAUACAAAUUUACUCGAAUUAAAUGUAUGAAAUUAAAUGAAUUAUUACUUCUAACAACUAACAAAGAGUGCAAAAUGGCGAACAACAAGAGCGAAGCUGCAUUGAUUUGCGAGCUACACACAAUACAAUAAAUACAACACACAAUACAACCACGGGCCACUUGUAAAAGUAGGGGCAAAUGCAUUAUAUGAAACACAUGGAAGUGUACGAGAUUAUUUUAAAGUUCUGCUUCAACAUACAGACAUACACACGUAUACGUAUGUAUACCAUAAAACAUAUGCAUACAUACUACAGAAAUGAUAUUCAGCCACGCCACACCACACGCUAUUUACACCAAAUACAAACAAUACAGAUCAAGUAAAAUCGUAUUUUUCAUAUAUUUGUCAGAAUAAUACUAUAACGUAAAUGUAGUUUAUCACGAUUGGGUGAUAAAUCUCCAAGGAAACCUAAAUCCGUGUAUCAAUGUAUAUUUAGUAAUUGAGUUUUGAAUCAAGCGUUAGCCACGAGAAUAUAUCAGAGUACGAUUAUAUAUAUAUACAUACAUACAUAUAUAUAUAUAUAUAUAGAUACGUAUAUAAAAACCAAGCUUCUAAACUAUGAAAAACCGCAGUGCAAAAGAAUAUUAUUCCAUUUUAUUUUAUGACAAACGCUUUUUACAAAUAAACCAAAACCAUUCCAAUCGUAAAGGAACAGGAUUAUACCUAGCAUUAGUUAAACUAAUUAAUACAUGUAUUAGUAAACAGAAUGUCAACCUCUACAGCAUGCUUGAGCGAAUAAUAAAAUUAUAAAAAUACAUAUAUGACUAAA